AUGAAUUCUGUUGAAAUGGGAACAUUUCCAUUAGUUCAAGAUGCUGAUUAUCAGCAUGAUGUCCAAGAUAUUGAAGAAAACGUCAAUACUACUUUUGGUCCAGUUAAAGUAACAAUCUAUGGUGAUAGAGCUAAACUACCUAUUGUUACUUUCCAUGACAUUGGAUUAGAUUCUGAAUUAAAUUUCCAAAAUUUUUUUCAAUUUGGAACGAUAGCUGAAUUUAGUAGAGAAUUUUGUGUAUACAAUAUUAAUGCUCCAGGACAGCAUAGUGAUGCUGAGCCUUUAGAUUCAUCAUAUCAAUUUCCAACAAUGGAUGGUUUGGCAAGAAUUGUUGAAUGUGUUGUAGACCAUUUUAAUUUUAAAGAGAUUAUUGGUCUUGGUGUUGGAGCUGGAGCAAAUGUUAUGCUAAGAUAUGCUCUUCAAAAUCAGAAACGACUUAUUGCUUUAAUUCUUGUGAAUUGUGAUCCAACAACUGCUGGAUGGGUAGAAUGGGGAUACCAAAAAGUAAAUAUUAACUAUUUAAGGACAAAAGGAAUGACUCCAUUUACUGUUGAUUAUCUUAUGUGGCACCACUUUGGAAAAAGAUUAGAUGAGUGUAAUCCAGAUAUCGUUAGACAAUAUCGUGCUCUUUUUCAUAAUAUUUCACAUCCACAAAAUGUAGCUGCAUACAUUGAAAGUUUUUUAAAUAGAACUCCAAUUCAAUUUUCAAGAGAUGGUCAAAAUGGUCCAAAAUUAUCAGUUCCUGUAAUGCAGAUAGUUGGAGCUAGGUCUCCAUUUAUUGAACAGACACUUAUUGUUAAUCAAUGUUUAGAUCCAGCUCACAGUGAAUGGAUAAAAUUCCAAGACAGUUGUGGCUUAGUUCUUGACGAUAGCCCAGAAAAGGUUGCUGAAAGCAUGGUACUAUUUCUUCAAGGAAUUGGCUACCUUACAAAAAUAAAUGUUAGGGAGCUCGUAAAACAGAUGAACAACGCUCGUAAUGGAAUACGUUCUGUUGCUGACACUCACUUCACAACACUUGAUGAAUAA